AUGGCGCAAAGCCUUGCUAGCAUGGCAUCAGCCCAAGAUAUGGUGCCAUUGUAUCCUGCUAACGGAAAUCCGUCCUAUCAUCGCACCAUGCAGAGCCAGCAAUAUCCUCAACUGGAAUACAAAUCCCGAUACCCUCAACUCAUCGAAACAAAGCCGACAUACAAUUCUGAAUGGUCCGUUGCAUAUGGAGAAGACACAUCACCUGUAGAGUCGUACUCUCUUGACCAGUCCUUGACCUAUCCACUUGCACCAACAGCGGCGGCAGCUUCGAACCUAGACGGCUCUCCAUAUCGCUGGACGCACCCUACUUCACGCUCUAUGCAAUCUCAAGCAAACUAUUACUCUGACUACGGACACUCUUGCAUAAUAGGCGGCUUGUCGUAUCCACAGUCAAACUUCCAACCACCAGCUCCAGCCGAGCCAACUUCGCCGCUCAACAUGUCUUCUCUGCAAUUGACGUUGCCCGAGAGACCUCGUCAGCGACAAUCGCAGCCAACCGAGAUCCCCCUCGCACCGCGCAGACGGCUCCCUGCACCACAGCCCCGUCCAAGUCACGGUUUGCACCAUGCACUGGAUCAGCAACAGGACCAGCGCCUACGUUCAUCUCAAACAGUCGCUACACCAUCAUUUAAUAACGUAACACCGUCUCUCAUGAGUCCACCAUCAUUCAAUAGAUCUCUGUUACCAUGGACGACCGCCAACGAAAACUUGAUGAACGUUGUCAAUGAGACAACGACUACUGCUACGGCACCAACCACUGCCCUGGCGCCGGCAGACACUGCAGACACCUCGUCAAGCUUCGUUUGCACCCCAUCUGCGGACAUUACAGCUACCUCAACAGGAUCUGCUCCACCAACCGAGCUCAACUUCAGCACCUCACUGCUUUUGGAUCCAUCGACCAUGUCUGCACCUACGCCGCCUGCAUACUCCAACUUCAGAGAGUCUCGAGAUCCUUCAAAACCUUCGACAACCCAGCUUCCAUGCAACAAUUCUACUACAAACCUGUACACCUAUGAUGGUGGUACGAGGAGACCCUCUUUCCCUGACAAUGAAUCCUCUAGCAAUCUCGUCAGCGGGCACCCGUACACGCCUUUGAAUCAGACCACAAACGUACCAGCCAUGGAGAACAUGAUGUCGAAAUCGUUUGAGCGCCGUAACUUGUUGUCAAAACUCGCCAGCAGCUCCUGA